UUCUGCUCUCAAGACAAAGCCAUGACAGCAUUCAAGGGUAUCUGGACUCAGGAGUUCUGGCGCUGUGUGGGGGCUGAGUUCUUCGCCAUGCUGCUCUUUGUCCUGCUCAGCCUUGGCUCAACCAUCAGCUGGGAGGCUGCUGAGGAGACCCCCCGGCCCCCUGACCUGGUUCUCAUCUCGCUCUGUUUCGGCCUGAGUAUUGCCACCAUGGUGCAGUGCUUCGGCCACAUCAGCGGUGCUCAUAUCAACCCUGCGGUCACAGCAGCCAUGGUGGUGACCAGGAAACUCAGUCUGGCCAAAGCUGUCUUCUACCUGUUGGCCCAGUGUGUUGGAGCCAUAGUGGGGGCCGCCAUUCUGUACAGCAUCACCCCAGUCUCCGUCAGGGGUGGCAUGGGGAUCACCAAGGUCAAUAUGAGCAUUUCUGUGGGAAACGCACUGGUGGUGGAACUCUUCAUCACCUUUCAGUUGGUCUUCACUGUGUUUGCCACCUGCGACAACAAACGCAAUGACCUAAAGGGUUCGUCUGCUUUGGCGAUAGGCCUGUCUGUGUGUAUUGGUCACCUGUUUGCUAUUCCAUACACAGGAGCCAGUAUGAAUCCUGCACGAACUUUUGGCCCAGCCAUGGUCACAUGGUCCUGGGAAAACCACUGGGUGUACUGGGUGGGUCCAACCCUGGGUGGGACUCUUGCUGCAGCACUGUAUGAGUACCUCUUCUGUCCAGACCUGGAGCUGAAGCGACGUUACUCUGAGGCGUUCAUCAAGACCCCUUUCAGUGGCACUAAACAGCGACAGGACUCGGUCACAGCCCAGGAGCCUCUCUUCACUGUUAUGGAUGUGGAGAGAGCUGAGAGGAAGGAAAGAGAGAGAGAAAGGGAGGUAUCAGGGGAUGUGUUGUCCUCUGUAUGA